CGAUCGUUAGGACGUAAUCGGCCGCUGUCCGACCGCGCUUCUCCGAGUCACGAACGGUUCGCCACCGCAUUUUGCGUCCGGCCAGGUGCGGUCUUCCGCGUUCGCGUGGUACGAUCGUAAUUUCUCUGCGUCGGAGAGCAGCAGAAGCGAUUGGACGCCAGGGAGCGCCGGCUCUUCCGAAAAAGCAAUCAUAAGGAAGGACAGCUGAUUCUUGCCGUCCACACGACCGAAAUCGACAUGGCGAGGCAACAGACGGUGGAUCGAAAUAUCCCUCACCUGCGGGACAUUUUUGGCUUCGGCAGCAAAUGGGAUAACGCUCGUGGACAAGCUGAAGAGAAGGCACCCGGCCACGAUAGCGCCGUGUCGGUAGGCUCCACAUCCGGGGAGGAGGAGAGUCCAAAGAACAGCAAGAAGAAGAAGUCGCGUCGCCGUGACAACAGCAAGACGUUGACGGAGAGCGACGUGAAACACCUGGAACGGCAUCUCUCUAUGAAGAAGACCAUACGCAAAAAAAUCAUGCGUGACCUGCAGCAGGCCUUCGUCGAGGAUCCGAACGAGUUUCGUGUGGACGACAUACCGCCAGAGCAACUCAAGGCAGAGAUCAAUAUCCAGAGCCUGAGCUUCGGCACGCCGUCCCAGAAGCAGGGACGCACGCGUGGCAAUGCUGAAAGCACGUUCCUCGACAUGCUGCGUGGUGGUGGUUUGGAGAAAAAUGGGACAGAUGGUGACAGAGAUUCAGGACACGGUGGCUCGCCGACCAGAGAGGCGUCUAGCGCCCAGGAUACGGAUGAUGAGUCCAGCUAUGCAUACGAGACGCCUACCGCGACGCCCACGAAGAAGAGCAGCAACUUCUGGAGACGCUUCACCAUGAAAAAUCGCAAUAAACGAUAAAUCCGUGGCAGGAAUCCCAGUGCGAAGAAAGAGAGUAUCGAUACUUUAUAUUCUCCGUCAUCUCGAUAAUUUUUACCAGCGUAUUUAACGAGGCAGAGCUUGCAACUGUGAUAUACAUAAAACAUAAAACCAAUCAUCUUCAUCUCUCCCUCUCCCCCGAGACGAUCCGUCGAAUUUUAAGAGGUUCCCGAAAUUCGAUCCGUGUAUAAGACCGAGGACCAAGUGAUUUAAUGUACAAAUUUCGGACCAAUAUUUUUAUUUGCUACGACAUAUCAUCGGACAUAUUAAUUACGGGCCUUAAAAGACAAUAUAUCUUUUUUAAAUUAAAAAAUAAGGAAAA